UCCGGUUGUUGGCGCGUCCACUUCCGGUGCCGAGGAGUCCCUGGGAGUCGGAGCGAGGGGGAAAAAAAAAAAAGCGGGCAUACUGUUUUCUUCUUUCUGCCUUUCGCCACCGUCGAAUGUUUUGAUAGCGUUCGAAUUUUUGAAGUUAAGCGACUGUGAUUUUUUUGGGGGGGGGCCGGCGGUGCCAUUGGAGGGUUUGUGUGUUGGAAAGAGGCCUCAUUCAUUCUGUUGUCGUAGCCAGUUAACAUCCGGGGCCUUUUCUUUCUGGACUUGCUAAUUCCAUGCUAAUGCUAACCCACGUUUUCUCUCCAAUGACUUUGCUCAGCACUUGUAAAUAAUAACUCCCCGCACGUCUCCUCUUUGCGUGGGCGUCGAGCGACAUUUCAAGAUAUAUUCAUAUUCGCAGCCCACGUCGAUGCUAGUAUAAGAAGCGUGCACACUUAGCAAAGCGCUUCUUUUUUUUUUUUUUUUUUGCUCACUUUGUUGCUAACUCCGAGCUAUUCGCGCGAAGCCCACAAAGAUGUCGGACUUCGACGAGUUUGAACGGCAGCUGUCCGAAAACAAACAAGCCGAACGUGAUAAGGAGAACCGGCACCACCGUCGCUCCGGCUCCCGCAGCCGCAGCAGAGACCGCAAAAGGAGAAGCAGGGACCGGGACAGGCGCAGCCGGGAUCGCCGCCCAGACAGCAAGGAUCGCAGACACAGACGAAGUGGCCCGGAAAUGAACCGAACCGUGACCUCUAAACCGAGCCCGCCACCGAGCUUUCCACCGGAAAAUCCUGCGAGCCGUUCUCCACAUCGUGAGAAAAAGAAGAAGAUUAAGAAGUACUGGGAUGUUCCACCACCUGGCUUUGAAAGCAUCAGCCCCAUGCAGUACAAAGCCAUGCAAGCUGCAGGCCAGAUCCCGGCAACAGCCCUCCUGCCGACCAUGACUCCGGAUGGCCUGGCCGUCACCCCCACCCCGGUACCUGUCGUGGGAAGCCAGAUGACCCGACAGGCUCGCAGGCUCUAUGUGGGCAACAUCCCCUUUGGCAUCACAGAGGAGUCCAUGAUGGACUUUUUCAACGCUCAGAUGCGUUUGGGUGGUCUUACUCAGGCCCCAGGCAACCCCGUGCUGGCAGUGCAGAUCAACCAGGACAAGAACUUUGCCUUCCUUGAGUUCCGCUCAGUGGAUGAGACAACACAGGCGAUGGCUUUUGAUGGAAUCAUCUUUCAAGGCCAGAGCCUGAAAAUCCGCCGUCCGCAUGAUUACCAGCCACUGCCGGGCAUGAGCGAGAACCCCAGUGUCUAUGUGCCUGGUACACAGACAAUUAAUGGCGUGGUAUCCACAGUGGUGCCUGAUUCCGCCCACAAGCUCUUCAUUGGCGGUUUGCCCAACUAUCUCAAUGACGACCAGGUGAAGGAGCUGUUGACGUCAUUCGGCCCCCUGAAGGCCUUCAACCUGGUGAAGGACAGCGCUACCGGCCUAUCUAAAGGAUACGCCUUCUGUGAAUAUGUGGACGUCAACCUCAAUGACCAGGCCAUUGCUGGGCUUAACGGCAUGCAGCUUGGCGACAAGAAGCUGCUGGUGCAGCGAGCUAGCGUGGGAUCCAAGAACGCCACUCUGACGACCAUAAACCAGACCCCGGUCACGCUGCAAGUGCCCGGCCUGAACAGCACCGUGACCCAGAUGGGCGGCCUGCCCACGGAGGUGCUGUGUCUGAUGAACAUGGUGGCGCCCGAGGAGCUGCUGGACGAUGAGGAGUACGAGGAGAUCGUGGAGGACGUCAGGGACGAGUGCAGCAAGUACGGCCAGGUCAAGAGCAUCGAGAUCCCCCGGCCUGUCGACGGCCUGGAUGUGCCCGGCACCGGAAAGAUUUUCGUGGAGUUCAUGUCGGUGUUUGACUCCCAGAAAGCCAUGCAGGGCCUGACAGGAAGGAAGUUUGCCAACAGAGUGGUGGUGACCAAGUACUGCGAUCCGGACGCUUAUCACCGCCGAGACUUCUGGUAGAGGAGACGAGUUGAGGGCCUGGGGGGGGGGGAGGAUUGAGUUUUGUUUUCCAAGCAGCAGAUCAACUUCAUCAUCAUCGCUUUCAUGAGAGAUGAAACGUAACUGGGUUGUUCUGCUCGUUGGAAAGGGGAGGGCCUUAGCCCUUUUUUGAGAAUUGUGUGUUCCGAUUGGUUCAGGCUGGGGUCGACAAUUUUUAUACUUUACGAGUCGGGGGAGGGGAGGGAGGGUGCAGCAACACAUCAAUGUUUGUAUUUAAAUGGAAGGAAAUGGUUAGAGGUGAAAAGGGGGAGGAGUCAGAGAGAUGAGGGCAUUUUUGUUUGGUCACUCAUUAGUUGUAACGUCCAACUCCGUCAUUAGAUCGACCUUUUUUUUUUUUUGUUCCCGUUUGUUUUUUGUCAGACUACUGCUCCCCUUUUGCCCCCCUCUGGACGAUUGCUAGAAUCUUCCGUGUGAAUGUCAACUGUUAAUAAUGUGUGUAUCUUUACAUCCUGACUUCUGCUUUCAAUAUUUCUCCUCACGCUACCAACAUUUAUUGGCCAUUAGCUUACCAAAAGCCUUAAUUCAAAUGAUUCCAUAACAAUUUGCUCAGCAGAGAGAUCCACCCCUUAAUUAGUGAACCAUGUCCGUACUUUCACUUUCUUGUACUUUCAUUUUCCUUGUUAGCAUAACGAUUUGAGAUGUAACGUGCUUGGACCCGCCCAUCAGUUUCAUUGACAAGACCAAAUAAACAUGAAUAGUA